AUGCCUUCUCCAUUAUCUGAAGUCUCUGAAGCUACCAGAGCAAAAUGGGUAAUCACACUAAUUGUUUCUCUGAUACAAUACGUUACCCUUGGUGUAGCAAUGUAUCUCACACCAUUUUACAGCAAGGAAGACAUGUAUACCUCCUCUCUCACUGGAAAAAAAUGGCUUGAAGAACUUCUUGUAGGCCAUCCAGGGCAUGCUUAUAUUGCACUUGGGAUGCGUAGGCAUGUGUUUCUUGCCUUGGUACUACAGAUUAGGUGUAUGGGAUAUAUGGAGCCUCAGAAGUCUACAAUCACACUUGAAGAAUCACUGGCCAUUUUUCUCUACACCUGUGUCACUGGGCUUGCUAUAUAA